UGCCCCAGUCACCUGACAAAACAUCGAACCCUGCGCUUCGAUCGUGGACUGCAGUGUCUUCUCGGCGAUGAACAUCGAGCGCUCGAGAGCUUGACUCUGCAAUACCAACUGUCCAUCCCAGAGGCCACGCACCAAACGCCUUUCUUCUCCAUGCUGCAACAAGGUAGUCGCAAUAUCCACCGGAAAGCGGCAAGAUGGAGAGACAACAAACGUUUCAGCGAUUGAAGCAACCAUGUAUUGCGGUCUUGCAAACAACCGCAACCUUAGCUCAAAGGCCAAAUGGGAAGCGCGAUCUAGUCGAGGCACUCACAAACUUGCUUGGCACGCUUGCUACUGUCACCUCACGGCCGGGGGCGCUCGAUACAAAGCUGGCCGAAUAUGCUUUCGUACCGGUUUCGCAGGUCCUCAGGCUGUCACGACAAGUUCCAGUACGUGCUCUCGAGCUCUGCCUCGAAUGUGUAUCAGCACUCUUACGCACGGGCUGGGGCGGUGGUCUCGAGCCUGCCCUAUCCGGGCAAUUGCUGAUCUUGUUCACAUUCUUGGCAAAACCCUCAUCGGCCGAAAACGGUAUCGCGGCAACAUCGGAGGAGUUGCAGGCACUGGCGUUCAAAUGCAUCGGUGAACUUCUAGCUGAAGCAUCCCGCUCGAAGUCGGGCAGAGAGGCCCUUACUGCUACCAACAACAUCCCAGCUUUAGGAGAAGCUGUUUUGAUUACCCUGGACAGCCUUGCUGAGAGCAAACCGAACAGCAUAAAGCUUGCAGCUGUCACUGUGAUCAAGAGUUUGAGCGCCGCGAUUGUUGAUGAUGACGCUCUUGCCAGCUUCUUUCCUAAGAUAGUCUCCUCGCUCACCAAGGUGUUGACUCCGGGAAGCGCCAACAAGGCUGACUACCGCGUGAUCGAGCAAGGUCUCGAAGUGCUGUCACUGCUGUUUUCGCGCCUGUUGAGCGAUCGCAGCACGAAGGGCCUUCCGAGCGGAGCUUCCGCAGAAAAUGCGAAGGACAGCAAGCACGUGUUGCGCUCGAGAUCAUGGCUGCAGGCUACAGCCUCUCAAAUCAAGAUUGCUUUGGCGAACAUCCACAGGAUGCGCAGUCAUGAUAAAUCAGAGGUUCGACGAGCACUCCUGAAGCUAUGCUUGUGCGUCAUACAGGACUGCCGAACAUCACUCUCGGAUUGCACCAGCAUGAGCAUCGAAACAGUCAUCAGUUUUGUUGGCCGAGAUGGUGCACAUGACACAGUAGAGGAUGAGUUGAAAAUCAUACUGUUUGCGGACCAAACGCUUGCUGACCAUCUGCGCGAGAGCCUUCACGACUGGGUGAUCUCAUUCCCUCGUAUUAUGCAAUCGAAGGACGACAACAAACGCCGUCUCAUCAUCCAUCAGAUCUCAGUGGCAUUGCGACUACUUGGACAAGACCCGGCGAUCAUUGACGACCGAUUGGCUGACGGCUUGAGAGAUGGCGUGUCUGCAGUCCUCGCAGAUUCGUCAGGCUUGGAAGAGCUUGGCUCUGCGACAGCGGAGACCUCAAUGGAGACAGGUCUGAUGUUGGGACACAGUCGACAGUCUACGUUCCAACCGCUGCAAUUGCGGCUCAAAGGCCAACAAGAUCUCAUGAACGAGUUCAGAUUGCUGUUGUCGCAGCUGGCGAAAUCGGAUUCUGCACUGAAUGUAGUGCAAGAUCUAGUCCGCACCAUCAACACCGGCACGCAGGAGAUGCAGCUGGCUAGCUAUUGGGUUUCUGUCAAUCUGAUGAGGGAUCUGACUGUCACCAAUUCAUCUUUCGACGAUUUCAUCGAUACAGGAUCUUCGAACCCGCGAGAAGAACUGCUAGACGACCUGUACUCGCACUCUGUCACACUUCUGACUGAACGAGACCCUACUUCGGCUCUUCCGUGGCACUUCUAUGCGCUAGCUCUGGAGACCGUGGCUCUGCAAGCAGGACGCUACCGAAUAGAGUUCCGUGCUGAGCUGGGCGAGGUGCUUUACCCCAUACUACAUCAACUCGGAAGUUCGAACCCUGCUCUUCGUGAGCACGCGAUCACUUGUUUGAACAUCGCGUCGGACGCGUCCGGCUACUCCAGCGCCCGCGAGCUUGUUGUCGACAACGUCGAUUACGUCGUCAAUGCCGUGGGUCUGAAGCUCGCUGUCGGCGACGUCUCGCCUCAAGCACCUCAGGUUUUGCUGAUGAUGAUGCGACUGUGCGGUCCUUCCCUCCUGCCUUACCUGGACGACUUGGUCGGAAGCAUCUUCGAGGCGUUGGAACGAUACCACGGCUAUCCCAUGCUAGUCGAGCUGCUGUUCUCCGUACUGAAAGGCAUGACAGAAGAAGGCGUUAAAGCACCGCAACUCGCCAUCGCAGCAGCCGCCACCACAAAUCCGACAUCAGUGGGCCACAAAGGCAUCACAAUGACAGACGGCAUCAAAACACUUAAACGAAUGAAAGCCGACAAGCUCAAACGCGCGCAAGAAGCCGCCUUGGAAGUCCCAGGACCAUUCCCCCAGGAACCAUGGAAAGAAAACACAGUCCAAGAUCCACUGAAUCCGGACGACCAACCUUCCCCAGAAAAGCCAGACCCACCACCUCCCGCCCCGCGAACCUACCAAAUCCUUCUCACCAUCUCAGAACUUACGCAGCACUACCUGACAUCCACCUCGCCCUCCCUUCGCACCUCCCUCCUCUCCCUUCUGCAGACUACGAUCCCAGCGCUGGCUAAGCAUGAGAACUCUUUCCUUCCGCUGAUCAACACGCUAUGGCCGGUGCUGCUUCCAAGGCUGCAGGAUCCGGAGGCGUAUAUUGUGGCCAACACGUUGGAGGUAGUGGGGUUGAUGUGCGAACAUGCUGGGAGUUUUAUGCGGUCAAGGGUCGAGGGGGUGUUUGAGGUGUUGAAGAAAGUACAAAAGAGGACGCAGGAACGGACUUCUAGCGCGAGGGCUGGAACGGGCGGGAGGGGAAAUAAUUUGUUAAACGGUGGCCUGAAACUUGACAACAUCUCCACCGGACUCUCGGAGCUCAGCAUCUCCUCACCCUCUACGUCAACAAAUCUCGACCGCCCAGAGCUAUACACCAGCACUCCCGCACGAAUGAUAUGGGACGCUCUCGUCAUCUGUCUCUGCGCCAUCGCAUCGCAUGUCGCACUUCGAGAUGAGCAGUUCGAAGACCUCCUCGACAUCCUAGAACCCGUCCUAUCUCGUCCUGACGUCAAGACCGCAUUAGACGAAGCGAACGCAGACGCAGUCUGGCUGCGCUUAUAUAAAAAAGGCCGAGCGACCGGUGGAGGGAAAGUGUAUCAUGUGCCGACUGGGAAGGCGAAGUGGAAGUUUAUCACAGUGUAGAAAUUCUCCGUAGAUAGCCACAACACG